AUUAACUUCUGCUCGGUAAUUAACGGGGCUCCUUCUGAUGCCUUUUAGCAUCACUGUAAUGAAAGACGGCGUUUUUACUCUCUCUUUUUCAUCUUAAUCUCGUCUGUGCUCGGCUAGAUGUGGGCUGUUUGCUCAAGGCUUUCCGCAAAUUCAUUUUUUCCCCUGUUCUCCUCAUUUGUAACAAACAUAAUUUAGCCUACUCUCUCUGCCCAUUACAAAUUAGCAUAGGCUAGGUCACUUUUUAUACACAAACCGCAAUAACGAACUUUCAAUUGAAAGACGUAAGUUUAAACAACAGAAUAACAGAAUAUGAGAUGUAGGCCUGAUGUUUAGCUUUGACGAAGAAUACGACUUCAGUGUCAUAAAAGUGAAUCAGUAUUUAAUUUAACUUUUCAAAAGACUGUGCAGUUUGCAGUGCAACAAAACAACUUGUCAGAGGAAGUGAUAUGAUCUCUUCCGUAUUCCCAAAGCCUGUUAGCUUGGUGAAUUCAUCAUCGAAUGAAACGGUUCUUAUGUGGGCUGACCCGAAGCAAAUGGACUGGAUGUUUACACACUUGUCCGUCAGGUUGGCUCCAUGCGGCCUUAUAGAUAUCCAAAAAACUGUUAGACAUCCUGGAGAGCAGUGUAAGCCCUUUAAGUGCUCUAUGUUUAGAGAUCUAUUGCAGAGAUUUGAGCUGCCACGUCAAUAUCAACCGUUUUGAAUUUCUUCGAUCUCUGGAUGUCCAAACUGAAACAACUCCACAUGGAAGGAAUAAAGUUGAAGUUCUGUGCUUUUGCGAUGAUAGAAGUGGAAAGAAGUAACAGGAUCACGCCGGAGAAUUCACCGGGUUUGGAGCAUAAUUCCGGCUCUUUCUUUCCGUGUGACGACCUUCAAAAGUCUCCGCAUCUUCCUUUAGCGCAUCGACAUGAGUUUUUUAUGGGACGCUACGCUGACGGCGGCUCCGCGGACUUUACGCACGGGGUCAGCACAACAGAUCCCCGCGCCUCGCCUGGAAAGCAUACCAAGUAUUUGGAGAAUAUGAAUCAGGACCAAAAAACUUCUUCGAUCACUGAGAAGAACUCUUCAUUUUAUGAGACUAAUUCCGAUGCAGGAGAGAAGACCCUACCCAAACCCCUUGGCUAUCCUGCACUAAACUCAGAUUGCUGUGGAAAACUCAAAGAGCCGUCCAAUGAGCUGGCUGGAGACUCCAUCGCUGACUCCAUCGAUCUUUCUUGCAAGAACAAGAAGCGGCGAAACCGGACAACUUUCAGCACCUUUCAACUGGAGGAGCUGGAGAAGGUCUUUCAAAAGACACAUUACCCAGAUGUGUAUGCAAGGGAACAGCUGGCACUGAGGACGGAGCUCACAGAGGCAAGAGUGCAGGUGUGGUUCCAAAACAGACGGGCCAAAUGGAGAAAAAGAGAGCGCUAUGGGAAGAUGCAAGAGGUGCGAAACCACUUCGCUGCUACAUACGAUAUCUCCCUUCUCCCUCGCUCCGACACAUAUCAGAUGCAAAAUAACCUAUGGCCAAGCAGUGCAGGAACGGGAGGCGCGGGCGGAGCGGCCAGUGGUUGUGUUCUGGGCACGGAAAACAUGGCGUCAUCCUGUAUGACCCCUUAUCCCCAUCCUCACGGCAACCUACCCGGGCUUAUGAGUAUGUCUGCAUCUGCAGGCCAUCCUCCUCAUCAUCAUCAUCAUCACCACCCACCCCACCACCCUAGCAUCAACGGGAUAUACUCACUCCAUGGCUUCCCAGGAAGCCUGGGGGCCCAUUCCUUUGAGCCCGGACCAGAGUCUGAAUACAAGCCCUCAGGCCUGGUGGCCCUGCGCAUGAAAACCAAAGACCCUGGGAGCCUGUUAUCCUGGCCGACAUGACCGUGCAGCUGCAAUUGAGAUGACAUCACUGAGCCAACAAACAUUUAGCAUGCCUGCACAUACCGGCAUGUUCGUGUUACUCAGAAACACACAACUGAAAGACACUAUUUUUAAAUGCUCAAUGUACAUGUUUCUUUUUUGCAGGCUUCCAGGUGUUUUCACUGCAAAGAACCGGACUCUUUGUGUUGAUCUCUUUCGCUAUGGAAGCAUCUCAUUUGUUUGUGUGAUUUUGCUGAAACCCAAUGAGCCAUAAUGGGCUUUGCACACAACUUGCCUUAAUAUAAAAUUCUUUCUGGGAUACUAAAAUUGUAAAAAUGGUGUAAUAUUAAUUACCAAAGAGGAUGUGCAACAUGUUUAUUUAAGUAUGUUAAUGUUAAUCUCAUAGUUUCAGUGUAUGCAGUGUUUUAGCCCCAUUAGCCCCAGUCAAUAAAUGAUUUUACAUUUCCCAAAUUUGUGCAUUCAAAUACGUCACCACUAAAAUAAAUGUGCUUUUUUCCAAACCAUGGCAGGAAUUAAGCAUCUCUGCAUAUACAGUCAAACCAAAAAUUAUUCAGACAUAUUUGAUAUAUUUUUACUAGUGGGUGCAGGACACUAUAGUUCAUUUAUGUAAGUGAGGAUAUAAUAUAAGGGUUUAUGUAAGUGAGGAUAGCAAAAUAAAGUGAACUGUGACAUAUUAUACCCAAAAAUUCUUCAUACAGUGGACUAUCAGUAAAAUUGAUAAAAAUUUGGAACCAAAAAUUAUUCAGACACUUUGAUCUGACCAUGUUUUGCUUAAGUGUUAUCUGACAUAAUUAAGAUUAUUUUUUCUGACACAGUUUAACUCUGAGAUCUUGUCA